UAUAUAUUAAACGUCCGAGGAACGUAGCACCAGAAGAGAGAUGUGAAAAGUGCUUUUUCUCCGGAUAGUGCACACAGUCUGGCCAGUGUACGUAACUGGCCUGUUCCCCUUUCCGUCGCGUCUCGAUAAAUGCGUAGAGAGUCAGCUGUGGUUACGGAUACGUGACGAACGAUGUAUCGUUGGUGAAGGUUCUUGCGCCACCUUAUUUUGACGCGAGAAUCAGCGACUGUCAUCCGUUCGACCAGGACCAGGACGGAUCCCUGUAACUGUAAUCGUAGCGAAAACAGCGCGAUUUACGAUGGGGACAGGACUCUUAAUAUCCUAGGUCGAAGCUGUCGCGAUUCUUCAAUCGACGCUGGGAUAUAUUUACGUGUCGAACGGUGCUGCGAGUGGAAAGCUAGAUCGGAGCCGACGUUUACCCAUCAAAAUGGGAAACUGCUUGAAAUUCUUACGCGCUGGUGGCAGUCAACAAGACAAUACUACGCUGCUGAGCAACAACUCUGAUCCUGUGCUGCCUGACGGCUUACCGCAAGAGGACCACGGACAUUCAAUAUCUUAUAAUUUUGUGAGCUCUUAUUAUCCACCAACCGGUGGUCUCCUUAAUCAUCGGCCACCUUAUCAAUCAGUCACCUUGGACAUAGGCUAUGGAAUUGGAGUCGGAGUUACAGUGGGCCGAAGCGAUGAAGUUAGUUCGUUGAGCGAAGAGGAACUACGCGUACGAAUUCUAAAACGUCUGGGAAUGAUGCAGCAUUUGCCUCUGCGUGAAUACGAUGGAGCCAAAAAAGAGGAUUGCGUAAUAUGCAUGAUGGAGCUAGUGGAAGGACAACAAGUGCGUUACAUGCCCUGUAUGCACACUUAUCAUGCAGUUUGUAUCGACGAUUGGUUGAAACGUUCGCUAACGUGCCCAUCGUGUAUGGAACCAUUAGACGCUGCCUUGAUUAGCUCUUACCAUCCGACCACUUAACGCCUUAAAAGCGAAAAAUUGGAGUAGCUAAUCAGUAAUCAAAUUAUUCUAUCAUGGUAAAGAGUGCAACUGGGAAGAACCGUUAAUAUUACUAUCGCAUAUAAUGGCUUCCAAACUAGUGAAGGGGCCUUCUCUCGUUAAUGGCCAAUUAUAUUCGCCAUUGUAUUCAACGUAUCCGAGCACGUGCUGAGUAAUAAUAAUAACUUGUAUCAUAAAGAGUUGCAAACGUCUUCUGUGUAGGUCAUUCCCUCUUACAGGGUAAUGUUCUCUCAAGUGGAUCAUUGCAAUAACGAAUACGGUGUAUUUACAGUCGAAAAGCAAUCGCCAUAGCCUAUUAGUUUUUUUUCUCUGUGGAAUCUAAAAUAGUUCUUUUGUUUUCCUACUGCUGAAAAGGAUGUAUUUUUUGCUAGAGCGAGCCGAGUUACCGGAAAAAGGAAUGUAAACGAUGUGUCUCGCUAAGGCUCUUUUAAGUUUGAACAACAGUAGUACCACUACUUGACCCUUGUUGUUUGGUCAAAUAGUGAUAUAGAUAUAAUUAAAUAUAUAAACACUCAUUGUGAAUAUCGUGACCGAUAACAAUGUACUACAAGAUAUCACACUAUGUAUAUUUUUAACUGUAAUUCCAAUCGUUUCAUAUUUUCAGAUACUAAAAACAAAAAACAUAUUUUCAGAUUAUAUCUUUCGACGUACAAAGUUAAUCUCAUUAUUUUCAAAUACCGCCGCGUUUUUUGUUUCAACGUAGAGAGAGAAAGAGAGAGAGAGAGAGAGAGAGAAAGUGUGCGUAUAUAUGUAUGUGUGCGUGUGUGAAAGAGAGAGAUAUCGUUAAACGCGUAGACGAUCAUUUCUUCGAGUAUUGAGUGCAACGUGAUCUAAAGAAACCUGAUGAAACCAAAAAAAAAUUGGGAAAGGUUGUUAUUUUAUAUUUCGAUUUGUAAAAGCGUGUACAACAACGGUUUGCUUGGAAUCAUACUUUUAUGUUACUAUGUAUCGAAUACCACCUGUAUAUUCUUUUUCAUACAUGUACACGUAUUUGUUAUACUGUAUUCAUGUCACUGAAACGUGUUUUAUGUUCAACUAUAAUGUUGAACGUGAUUCGUGCGUAAUUGUAGGAAAUAUAAACCUGCGUAUCAGAUUACAAGAGCUUCGGAUGGAAGCGGCAAAGUCAUUGAUGAUUGGUCAAACGUUUAAUUCUUUCAUAUUGACCGUACGAUUAAUGAUGCUUAAUUGCGAAUGAGCGACAAACUUUAUUUUUAUAGAAAUUGUACACAAAAUUGUGUAUCUUUAAACUUUUGUAUUGAUAGAUCCGACCAUAUUGUACUUUAACGUGACUUCAACCAUGUAAACGCGUGAAAGAAAAUAGAAUUCGGACUUUAGAUUGGUCUAGGGUUCGAUAAAAUUCGGAUUUGGACUUAAUAUUUAAAUAAAUCAUCCAUUUAACUUGGAAUUCGUGAUAAUAAGCGACAAGUCAGUGUCUACUAAUUUUUAUUUAGGAGGGAUAAGGGGGUGUGUUGCAUUACUGAAUCCUUAGAAUAAAAAAACCGACCGGUAAUGUGUUUCGAGUAUGUCAGAUAUGCGUAUGUAUAUGUUAAUUCACGUUUUAACGUUUCCCGCAGAAUACGAAUAUUUUUGUUUUACUGAAGCUUCGCGUGUAAUGUGACAUAGUGAUUUAUUGAUAAAAUGCAAAUAUACAAAUAGCGAUUUAAUACAAAUAUAAAUAUUUAGUAAGAA